AUGUGUCGUCCUGCAACGACAUAUGCUCUGGUGCUGAAGAAGCAAGGCACUGGCGGUUGGGGUAACAGCAAAGCGACGGUGAAGCUGGCGGAUGGGCGCACGCUUCUGUCGGAGUCGUUGGCUGCCGGAGCGACGGAGAAGGAGUACAACUUCAAUCCUGCGUAUUCUGUGUAUCCUCAGUGGACUCACUGGAGCUACCUGGUGGACGGCACGGCCGCUCCUGCGGGCUGGAACACUCUGAGCGGAGCUCCCUCGAAUUGGGAGACGCAGCGACCGGGUCAGUUCUUCGCGGCCAGCGGUGUGACCCAGUACUAUUUCACGAAGUUCCAGAUCGAGGAUCUGACGGAGUUCGCUUCGAUGGACAUCGCUGUGAACGUGAAGGCCGGAGUGGUUGUGUAUCUGAACGGAGUCGAGAUCCGUCGCUACAAUCUCCCCGAGAAUACGGAGGUGAAGGAGGAUACUGCGGCUACGGGCGAGAGCGGCGAACCGUUCUUGCUGGUGAUCGGAGAGGCCGUGCAGAGAGAGCGGCUGGUGGUGGGCGAGAACAUUCUGGCGUUCGAGCUGCAUCGCUAUGAGGCGAACGAGGAGACGAACAGCUUCGAUGGAUCUGCGAUUCUGAUUCUGGACAACAUGUACCUGCUGCUGGAUGGUACGGGUACGACGGUGCCUGCUUUGACCGGAGUCGAGGGAUCGGACAAGGUGUUCGAUAACAAUUCGGCCACGAAGAUGCUGACUGCUACUGGAAUCUGCGAGGGUGUGGAGCUGAUCUGGUCGUGGAGCAAUGAUCGUCGUGAACCAAUCGGUCGAUACGGUCUGGUGUCUGGAAAUGACUGCAACAACCGCCAUCCUUCGGGUUGGACUCUGUAUGGUUCGAAUGACGGAGAGAGUUGGACGGUUCUGUAG